AUGUUGUUCUUGCUACCAUUAUUAUAUCUAUUGGCCCCGGUAUAUGCAUUCUUUUUUGACUUUGGGGGGCAUGGUCAACAUGGUCAACAGCAACAACAGAGCAAAAUCAGUUACGAAGAUCUUAUGUUAAACCAACAAUGCAAUGGUUAUUUGUGUCCCGAGACUCGGGAGUGUGUGAAAUCCUCAAUCGAAUGUCCAUGCCCCUUUCCUAAAUCACAACUUAAAUGUAUUUUGCCAGAUGGUAAGUACGUAUGCAUAUCAAAACCAGCCACUCAUGACGAAAAAUUGAGUAAAAUCUACGACGAUCCUAUUAAGGGUCCAAAGGCGAAGAAUAAGGGAGUUCGGGACUGUGGCUGGGUCCAGGCUUCUUACAAAGGUUUAGUGUAA